AUGGCCACCCCGACUGCCAACGGCAACGGCGACGGCCUCCUCAACCCCGCUAAGCAUAAGCUCGUUGAACAAGUCAUUCGCACGCCUGGUCGACAACCGUCACCACAGCCAACCAUGCUGGGAGUGCCAGGAGCGACACAUUCGAACACGUCCCUCCAUAAGAUCCUGCAGGACCGCAGCUCCGGCUAUGUUGCUCCAUCGUUCGAGGGCAAGAAGGAGCAGAUGGAGCAAGUCAUGGACCUCAUAGAAGAGAAGGGCUUUCUUCCAAGCGAAUUCAUUGCUUCCGAAACCGAGUGGUUCUACAACACCUUGGGUAUCGACGACAUGUACUUUUCAACAGAGACAGUCGAGGCAAUUGCUAGCAACAUUCUGUCGCUCUACGCGGCGAAAGUAGCAGCUUACGCAAGAGACGAUAAGAAGCUGGAGGUGCGUCUGGCGAAGGAAGCGUCAGAUCAUGCCAUGUAUAUCGACACCAGCAAGCCUGGUAUCAGUGUGCUGGAUGGACCACGGUAUGAGCAGCGCAUCGACGAAAAGUAUAUCGACGUAUCUACCGCCUCCCGCAGCUACAGAGUCGAGUCAUUUCGUGCUCAGAACGCACUUCCAGACAACCCGGGAGAGAAUCUGCGUUGCUACUUCGUCUACCAGUGCAAGUUCAACAGCAAAGAUGUAGGCCCAGAGGAGACGGACAUCGAGAAGAUCGGAGAAGCCACCUUCCUCGCCAAAGCGACGAAGAAUACCAAAGCCAUAUAUGAGGAGAUCAUUCAGUUGGCUGUCUCUCGAAGUGGUCCUGUCAUUGAGAUGUUCGAUUUGGAAGGCACGCGAGAAAAGCGACUGGUCAUUGCAUUCAGACAAGGAUCAGCUCUCGGCAUCUUCAGCGCUCUCUCCGAUCUCUAUCAUUACUAUGGUGUGACGAGUUCCAGGAAGUACGUCGAACAGUUCGCCAACGGCAUCAGCAACAAAUUACAAGGCCAGUUUGCUAGUGGCAACCUGAGUCUGCAAGAAUCGAUCUACGCUCACUGCGUGCACAUCUUUGUCCAGCAGUUCCUGAACAGACUUGGUUCAGAGUUUACUUCGCUAGCAGCGGUGCUGCGCGAUGAGAAGAACACAAAUGCCGAAUUGUUGGCCAAGAUCAAGAAGCGGUUGAGGAACGAGACAUUCACUUCGGACUACAUCCUUGAGAUCAUCAACAAGUAUCCUGAGCUGAUCCGCAUGCUCUACUUGUCGUUUGCACACAGUCACUAUGUUAUGACGCGCGGCGAGAGCGACGACUUCAUCCCCACUCUGAGUUAUCUUAGGAUCAAUGCUGAGCAAGUGUUGGAUGAUGAGACGAUCGCUUCGACCAUUUCCAAGACCACAACGAAUCAGCACGAUGAGAUGGUCAUGCAGUACUUCCUGAUCUUCAAUCGCUCAGUACUCAAGACCAACUUCUAUACACCUACCAAGGUUGCUCUUAGCUUCAGAUUGAAGCCAAGUACAGACUAUCUGCCUUCGCACGAGUAUCCCCAAGCUCUGUACGGCGUCUUCCUCGUCAUUGGGUCCGAGUUCAGAGGCUUCCAUCUGCGCUUCCGAGACAUUGCGCGAGGCGGCAUCCGCAUUGUCAAGUCAAGAAACAAGGAGGGUUGGGCAAUCUAUGCUCGCGCAAUCUUCGAUGAGAAUUAUGGUCUAGCAAAUACGCAGCAGCGCAAGAACAAGGACAUUCCAGAGGGCGGCUCGAAAGGUGUUGUUCUUCUCGACUACAACCAUCAGGAUAAAGCUCGUGUCGCUUUCGAGAAGUAUAUCGAUUCGAUCAUGGAUCUGCUUCUCAAGCCGACCUCCCCAGGAAUCAAAGAUCCAAUUGUUGAUCUCCAUGGACAGGAAGAGAUCCUCUUCAUGGGACCGGACGAGAACACAGCAGACCUGGUGAAUUGGGCCACUGAGCAUGCGCGGGCGAGAGGUGCUCCUUGGUGGAAGUCAUUCUUCACCGGAAAGUCACCAAAGUUGGGCGGUAUCCCACACGACAGCUACGGCAUGACCACGCUCAGUGUGCGGGAAUAUGUCAACGGCAUCUAUCGCAAACUGAACCUCGAUCCUUCCAAGGUGCGGAAGUUGCAGACCGGCGGUCCUGAUGGCGAUCUCGGCUCCAACGAAAUACUGCUGGGUAACGAGAAGUACGUCUCGAUUGUUGAUGGGUCUGGCGUUCUCGUAGACCCAGAAGGUCUCGACCGGGACGAGUUAAUCAGACUGGCCAAGCAACGAGUCAUGAUUUCGAACUACGAUAUCUCGAAGCUCAGCUCACAGGGCUAUCGCGUUCUCGUCGACGACUCCAACAUCACCCUGCCAACCGGCGAGAAAGUCAACAACGGGACUACAUUCCGUAAUACCUUCCACCUCCGCAACAUCCAGCACUACGAUAUGUUCGUUCCCUGUGGUGGCCGUCCCGAGUCGAUCGAUCUGUCCACAUGCAACAGCUUGAUCGUGGACGGCAAAUGCCAGAUCCCCUACAUCGUCGAAGGCGCCAACCUAUUCAUCACGCAAGACGCCAAGCUCCGCCUCGAGAAAGCCGGCUGCAUCCUCUACAAAGACGCCUCAGCCAACAAAGGCGGCGUGACCUCCUCCUCCCUCGAAGUCCUCGCCUCCCUCUCCUUCGACGACGAAGGCUUCCUCACCAACAUGUGCAUCGGCGCCGACGGCACAGUCCCUGAAUUCUACAAGGCUUACGUCAAAGAAGUCCAAUCCACGAUCUGCAACAAUGCCCGCCUCGAGUUCGAAGCUAUCUGGCGCGAACACGAGAAGACCAAGACCCCGCGCUCCCAGCUCUCUGAUCAGCUCUCAUGGGCCAUUACGAAACUUGAUGAAGAACUGCAGAAUUUCCACGAGUUGUGGAAUAAUGAGGUUCUGAGGAAGAAGGUGCUUAAGGAGGCACUACCGAAGACGCUGCAGGAGAAGUUGGGCCUGGAUAAGAUUGUGUCGAGGGUGCCAGAGAAGUAUCUGAAGAGCGUGUUUGGGAGUUAUCUGGCGAGUCGGUUUGUGUAUGAGUAUGGCGCGACGCGAGCCAGUUUGCGUUCUUUGAUUUUAUGCGGAGUCAUCGACGAAGUCGAGGUUGUGGUCGGGUCGGUUGUGGCUGCUGAAGUGGGCGCGGGCGUCGUGGGCGAAUCGGCGGCGCUGGAUGUUGUGGAUGUUGUGGUUGUUGUGGUUGUGGUCGUAGUCGUGGUCGUAUCGCUGCUGGCCGUGGUGGCUGAACUUGAAUCGCUGCUGGCUAUGGUGGCCGAGGCUGAACUUGAGUCACUGCUGGCCGUAGGGGCGGCAGUGGCCGAACUCGAAUCACUGCUGGCUGUGGUGGCCGUGGCUGAGCUCGUAUCACUGCUGGCUGCGGUGGCCGAGGCUGAACUUGAACCGCUGCUGACCGUCGCUGAACUUGAACCGCUGCUGAUCGUCGCUGAACUUGAACCGCUGCUGAUCGUGGCUGAGCUUGACUCACUGCUGGACGCGGCCGUCGUUGCGCUCGACGAGGUAGUGCCCGGGGUAGUGGAGACCGUGGUGUUAGCAAAGUUGAAGCCACUCGUUGUAGCACUAGUAACGACCGGAGUCGCUGCGGUGACACCCGCGCUAGUGGCAGAGUCAGAGCCUGACGCUGUACUUCCGCUCACACUAGCGCUAGAGCUGAUGCUUUCCGUUGAGACGCUGCUUAUGGUAGAAACCGUUGCGGUGCUGACCGUGCUUGAGCCAGAGUUGGAGCCAGACGCUGUAGUUUCACUCGCGCUGCUGCCAGAGCUAAUGCUCGCCGUUGAGGCACUGCUUACCGUGGGACUCGUUGCGGUGCUGCCCACGCUUGAGCCAGAGCUGGAGCCAGAGCUAAUGCCUGCCGUUGAGGCGCCGCUCACGAUAGAGGUCGUUACGGUGUCACUUGAGCUGGGCCCAGCACUAGUUUCAGACGAUGUACUACCACUGACAGCAGGGGUCGUGGUGCCAGUCGCAGAGCCACUUGAUGUGCUGCCACCAACGAUAGAAGUCGUCACAGCACUGAUGCCACCAACGACAGCAGAUGUAGAGGAGCUGGUGCCGGAGUCGAAGCCACUUGAUGUGCUACCACCAACGACAGAUGUCGUGGCAGCGCUGGUGCUACCGACCAUGGGAGUUGUAGCGGAGCUGGCACCACCGGCGAUAGGAGUUGUGGCGCUGCUACCACCAACGACAGAGGAUGUCGCGCUGCUGCUGCCGCCGACGACAGGACUAGCGGUGCUAGUGCCACUGACUACAGGAGUUGUAGCGCUGCUGCCAUCGACGGAAGUCGCAGCGGUGCUGCCACCAACCACAGGGGCAGUGGUGCUUCCACCAACAACAGAAGUGGCAGUGCCUGCAGCGGAUGUCUCCGCCGAACUCAAAGUGGAUGUUGCUUCCGAUGAGCCACUUGAGCUAAUCGUAGUUGUACUGUUGCCGCUGAUCAAAGUCGGUCCAACAUUGUUGGAGGAUGUGGCAGAUGAUAGGCCUGAAACUGUCGUGCUAGACUCGGAGGAUGACGGGUCGGUUGCGCCGCUGCUGGCAGAUGUCAUGGUCAUGGAGACGCUGGAGAUGUUCGCAAAUGAUGUAGGGGGAACUAGUAUUACGCCUGACGAGGUGCUCGACGCGUCUCCGGAGGAUGUGGUACUUAAAGUACCCGCGGAAGUCGAGGCACUUGAGGUGCUUCCGAUGGUGGAAGAAGUCGAAGUGCUGGAGUCUGACGCCGGAUCGCAGGCUAUGCUUGGCGUACGGCCCUCAGCACGGAUCCUGUCGUCACAAGCUUGUAUGGAGAAUGCUUGA